CUCGUGGCGCGGAGCAUCGUCGUCGUUCUUUCCCUCGUUCCCGUUUGGCUCGCUCUCCCAUUUUCGCGAUUUUCGCGACAAAUAAUGGCGGCCCUCUCAUCAACAGCCUCCCUCUUUCUGAAAAGCCCUGGAAGCCGCUACCACCAGCAAAGGCCCUGUCUCUCUUCCUUUCCCUUCUUCUCCUUCCCUCGGACCUCCUCCAGAUUGCCGCUCCUCCGCCUCGUCUCUGCCCUCGACGGCGGGGAAACUCCGGCGGUCGGGCCUCUCUCUGGCGGAGCCGCCGGUCGGCCGAAGGGCUCCAGCGAAUCGGCGGGCAGGACAGCUGACGAAUGGGGCGAGAAGGCAGAGCUUGGGGAGGACGCCGCCGAGAGCGUUAGGGUUCCAGGGGCAGACCCUCCGGUGAACGAUGACGAGUGGGGAGGUGGCGACGGUGCCGGGGAUUAUGUGUCGGCAAACGGGAGUAUUUCUGCUAAUAAUGCGAUUGGGGAGCUGAAGCAGAGUCUUGUGGAUACAGUGGAGGGGACGGAUUUCGGAUUGCGGGCUUCAGUGGAAGUGAGGGCAGAGGUCGUGGAGCUGGUUAGCCAGUUGGAGGCGUUGAACCCUACUCCGGCGCCCGUGGAGGCGCCUGAAUUCAACGGAAAUUGGGUUCUUGUGUAUACAUCCUUCUCAGAGCUGCUGCCGCUGAUAGCAGUGGGUUCCACUCCUUUAUUGAAACUUAAAAGGAUAUCCCAAGCAAUCGACACCAGCAUCCUUAACAUCCUAAACACUGCCGUCUUCUCAAGCCCAUUUGCCACCCUUUCGUUCAGCGCUUCUGCAUCUUUUGAGGUUCGAAGCCCCUCAAGAGUACAGGUAAAAUUUGAGGAAGGAAUAUUCCAACCGCCAGAGUUAUCAACAACUCUAGACCUACCACCCAAUUUUGAUGCCUUUGGGCAGACGGUGGAUCUGUCGCCUUUACAACAGUCACUGACUCCCGUUCAAGAAGUCGUGACCAACAUUUCAAGAGCAAUCUCUGGGCAGGCGCCACUUAAAGUUCCAAUUCCCGGUGAGAGAUCACAGUCGUGGCUGGUCACAACAUAUCUCGACAAUGAUCUGCGAAUUUCCAGAGGAGAUGGAGGACUAUUCGUCCUUGUCAAGGAAGGCAGCCCUUUACUGAAGCAGCAGUAAUGGAGUAAAAGUUUGCAGUUUGUACUUUUUCUUCUCUUUUGAAGGCGGAAGGAGUACGCAUGUAUGCACCACUUUGGCGGACGUGACCUGCUCUUUAUUUAUGUAAUGUUUCUGUAUCUAUAGAGGUUUUCUAUACUACUGCUGUAAUGCAUGGUGUUUAGUGUAGUAUAGCCUACUUUGUAGGGAA